AUGCUGCAAUUGAAAGCUGGCAGUUCCAAAACGAUAAGAAGUAUGACUGCCCCAAUUCAAGAUGCUAUAGUUCUGCUAGGCGAUUCUCUUACUCAGGGCGGUUGGGAACCUAAUGGCUUUGCCCAGCGACUAGCCUCUGCGUAUGUUCGCAAGAUGGAUGUAGUCAACCGGGGAUUCUCGGGAUACAAUACAGAGUGGGCAAUCCCGGUCUUUGAGCAGUUCCUUGCACCGACGAGCAAGCAGUCAUAUACACAGAAGAUCCGUUUGCUGACGAUUUGGUAUGGCGCAAACGAUGCGUGCUUGCCGAGCUCCGUCCAACAUGUUCCAAUCGACAAAUACGAAUCGAAUUUGACUCAUCUCAUACAUAUGGUCAGAGACCCCUCCUCUACUUGGCACUCACCAGAAACAAGAAUACUGCUUAUCACGCCGCCGCCGAUUAAUCUACACCAGUGGCUUGAGUCGAAGGACCCUGACGGCACAACACACAAGAAAGAUCGGGACUUUGGUGUAACUGCUGAAUAUGCGCAGAAGGUCCGUGAUGUCGGUGCAAAAGAGAAGAUCCCAGUUGUGGAUGUAUGGAAGGCAUUGUGGGAUGCCGCUGGUCAAAAGGAAGAUGCGCUGAGCAGAUACUUGUCCGACGGACUGCACCUUACACCGGAAGGGUACUCCGUGGUAUAUGAAGAGCUCAUAACAACGAUCAAAGAAUAUGCUCCCGACUUACACCACGAGAAUCUCAGGGAGGUCUUCGUCCGAUGGAAUGAAGUGGAUUCCAAUAACCCCAGAGCCUGUCUUAUGAAACGAAGCAUCGAGGCAUGAAACUAUGAACGGUGUUUGUCCGCUGUAAAGAAGAGACUUGAAACAAAAAUAGCCUUCGCACUUAGAGUCUCGUGUAAAUUACCGAAAGAGGUAUUGAAGAGCAAACGUUAACCGAAUCCAGCCCAUUCAAUUGAGAAGAUGUCUGCUUCCUGAGUGCUUGCGUCCCAAGAACAUAAUAGAUGUGCCUUUUUCGUUGCGGUUCCAAGACGUCCGUGAGCAACGACUUCCAUCGGCCGUAGAGGAGCAGAUAGCUCUACCACAGAUGCAACAAAGUGUGAGUGAUAACGGAGUAGAUCGCCGGGGUAAACAAGAUAGUCGCCACCGAAUUUGAUGCCACAGCCCAUGUAGUAUCCUUUGUUCCACAAAGACCGAUAUAUUGCGCAUCUUGCCUGCUGCUCGGGUGAAGACGGGUAGUUCCAGACAUUCGCACGUCUUGCGGCGGAUAAAGUAAAAUGACAGUGCUGCGCAGUUCGAUACCACUUAAACGGUGUCGACGAUGUUGGAAUCUUGACUGUGUAAGUGGUCGGAGCCACAGGAACAGAAGGUGGGGUUGUUGGGCGUGGAGUCCCUGGCGGCGUUUCUGCGUGAGUGUUUUCACUUUCGUCAUUCCGUCUCGACAUUUUGGCGAGAUCCGCCGCGCGUCGUUCUUGUCGUACACGUCUUUUCAUUACCGCCUCCUCAGUCAUGCUUUUUUGUGCCGAGACCUCGCGGUCGUCCCUGAGUGCGAUAUCUCGCUCUCGCUCGCGGUUUCGUGUGCUGUUCCAUUCAUUUUUCUCAGAUUGCGAAGGCCGACAAUGGGCAUUCACAUCGUCAACAAUGGCAGCAAUUCCUAGAACUACUUCCUCAGGCAUAAGUAACAAAGGGACACCGAGGAAUACAUUCUGCUGCGACAGAUGUGGAAGAGUCCCUCCUAAUAGCCCACAGAUGCGAUGUUGUGUUCGUAGUUUUGCUAUAUCUGUGUUGUUGUUUUUUGGUCAUGACCACCAAUGAGUAAACCUCUCUUGCAUUGCACCGACAAAAAUAGUACCCUUUCCUGGUUUGCAGACAUUUGACUAGUGUUGGCUUUUCUGCCUGUUGCGUUUGAGUAUGAAUUAUUUCGACGCGUCGGAUCUGAACCUCAACCCUUCCUUAUUUGGAGUGUGAGAAUGUCC